AUGGAAACACGUCGCGACGAGCUGCUCCGGCGAUACCACGGUGCAGCUUCGGACAUUUCGGUCGGGUUUCCCACCGUCGAGGGGCCCACAGCCGCCGCCAAGGGUCCCGCCGGUCGCAAGACAGGCUCAGCUGCCUUGAAGGGCGUCGAGGACCUCGUGAGGAGGCAAGCAAAGAAGCUGCUCGCCACGCCCCCUCCAGGCGAGACGGAUGCUCUCCUCCGGCGUCUGGACGACGUAGCCUCCAUAGCCAUGACGCGCUUCUACGCCUUCCGCUACGAUCGCGUGCCGGAUCCCUGGCGCCGCAUGUACACGGACACGCUCGUGCUGACGAGCUACGUGCACCUGCUGCGGUUGUCGGACACAUGCCAGGCCGCAGACCCGUGGAGUCCCGUGACGGAGAAUCUGGACCGGGCGCUCAUCACGACGGGGGGGCAGAGCGCGUCGCUCGGAGACGGCUGGAUCGGAGACACGAUGCAGCUCAUCGAGGAUGUGCUCCUGGCCGAGGGGGGCGAUCGGCGUCCAGCCAAGCGGCAGAGAAAGGACGGCGCAGAUGACCUCUUCCCAGCCGACGAGCCGUACGGCCGUCCUGCGCUGUCGGCCUCGCACGAGUGUCCCCGGCACCGGGGCUGGACAGUAGACAGGUUCGAGGCGUACAUGGAUGCCGGCGGCAGCGGACGGCCCAAGCCCCUCGUCCUGACCGACGUCACGACGCACUGGCCUGCUCUGACGGACCGCCCCUGGAGAAGCAGGGAGUACCUCCUGUCCCGCACGCUUGGCGGUCGCCGCCUAGUGCCCGUCGAGGUAGGGCGGAGCUACGUCGACGCCGACUGGGGCCAGGAACUCACAUCGUUUGGCAGCUUUCUGGACCGCUACGUGCUCAGCAGCGACGACGCUGGCAGCCGGAGGCAGGCCGUCGGCUACCUCGCCCAGCACAAUCUGUUCCGCCAGAUUCCCCGGCUCCGCAACGACAUACUCAUCCCGGACCUCUGCUGGGCCGACGUACCCCGUCACCCGGGAGGCCCGGCACGAGACCAGCCGCCUGUCGGCUCUCCGCGGCUGAACGCGUGGUUCGGCCCCGCGCGCACAAUCACCCCGCUCCACACCGACGGCUACCACAACCUGCUGUGCCAGGUCGUCGGGACCAAGUACGUGAGGCUGUACCCGCCCGAGGCUACGCCCACCAUGCGGCCCAGACCUACCGAGCAGGGCGUCGACAUGAGCAACACGAGCGCCGUGGACCUAGGCAUCGUAGAGGGGUGGGACGAGCCCGGUGACGACGACGGUGAUGAUGACGAUGCGCUUGAGAGCAUGAGGAGUGAGCUUAGGGGUGUCGAGUACAGAGAGUGUAUCCUCGGCCCUGGGGACACGCUGCUCAUACCCAUGGGCUGGUGGCACUAUGUUCGGAGUCUUAGUGUUAGCUUCAGUGUCAGCUUCUGGUGGAACUAA